AUGCAAUCCGGAUCACAGGCUCAGAGAGGCUAUUCGCAGCGGCGCACAGAAGACAAUGCUUCCCAACCACCCAAUGGUCAGAACAGAGCCAUGUCGCCAAAUGGAGUGCCGUCGAGAGCUUCGACUGCUUCGAUGAAGUCGUCGCAGAGCAGCAGUACGCGCCGGUCGACUCGUGAGAACGGAAGUUCAGGCACGAGUGUCCCACUGUCGCAAAUCGAAAAGAGCGUCACCCACCUUCUCGUCGCUACCAAGCAGCUCCUUGAAACUCUCACCCAGUGGUCCCGCGGCCACGCGACCGACACGCAAGUCUCCGAUGUCUAUGUCCGUCUAGGUUACGAAUUCAAUAUGGCAUGUCGUGCCUUUACUGCCAUAAAUGUCGACACGUCCGACCUCGGUAAUGUUCCCGACUUGCUUCGAAGCAUCCUCGAAUCCACCUUGAGCCAAGAAGCCAGCGCAGAAAGCCUAGAACGAUAUUUGCCACGCAUCAGAGAUAUCAUCAUCAACCUGCUCCAUGGUCUGAAGCGGAAGCAGCAGCGUCUGCGUCAACGACAGGCUCGAGACAGGGAAGGCAGCGGCAACAUCCCUGAGCGCACGACGAGCAUUAGUACUGUCACGAGUGGAAGUAGUGGUGGGCUAACAAGCAUGCUCGACGAGGGCCUCGACGCCGGAUACAAGCAAGAGCAAUCGCGUCCAGAGGAACCUGUGUCGCAAGGCCCCAGUUCUUCGCCCAGUCGUCGAUCCAAUGCGCCACGGGAGCCAUCCCGCAACUCGUUUCAGGCGAAUCGCACCUCAAUUCAAAAUGCGCCAUCUAUACCGCCGCCGUAUCCAGGCGAUGAAGGUCAACUGCCUUCUGGCCCUUCCGGAGAUAUAAAUAUCGAAGCCUUCCCGCCCCCACCACCGCCCCCUCCGGAACCUCAAUCAAGCGCACUCGCCGCGCUGCAAAAGGGAGGUGACUUGGAAAGACGAGCCUCGCGGCGAUACUCACAAUAUCAAAUAUCGAAACACCUCGGUGCCGCUAAUGCCGUCCCCAUGCUGCCGCAUCAGAAUUCCCCUAUACCGAAUCGUGGACGCAAGGAAGCACGAGAAUCGCUGCACGCGGUGCAAAAGCGCGAAUCCAUACGACACAGCCGCCAUCAGUCGAACCUGUCAAAAUCUGGUACCUCACCAGCUCCCGCGAUAAUUACCGAGGAGCGUCCUGCGGAGAAUAGAAAUGGGGUCGACAGUCCUAUGAUUCAAACCCCCGAGGAUAAAUACGCCCCAAGCGCUACCUUGUCCGGUCCGCUCCCCGAGCCUCCGCACUUCAUCGAUGAGCCAACAAGAGCGGAACCAGAAAGAAAAGCAGUUGACAAGGCUGAACAAUUACCUCCUGUUCCAGAGCCAAAGGGUGAUUCAUAUUUCCAGGUUUCACCACCACCUACCCCGACCAAAGACUUGACUCUGUUCCUCCAAUACAAGUCUAAAGUCAAAAAGAUCGUUCUGCCAGAGGGACGAAGCGAGCUAUCCAUUGGACGCCUACAGCUCGCGUUUAUCGAAAAGUUCUCCUGGAAUACACAGCAGAACGGCACCGAUCUGCCAGAAAUUUAUAUUCAGGACCCUGUUUCAGGCGUUCGACACGAGUUGGAGGACCUUUCGGAUGUCAAGGAUCGGACUGUGCUCGUACUGAACAUAGAAGCCCUCGACGAAGUCAAGCGCCACAUCGACGAUGGCAUCUUUGGAUUGACCAAAAUUGUGCAGGAUGUCCAGCAAAAUGUCCAGAGCCAGGCGGCCACUCUUCAACGAGUCUCAGAUAGGCAACAGGAGACUGCCGACGAGGUCUCUCGCUUGGCUCUUGCACCACCUGUUUCUGUCCAGUCUGCUGACGGAUCCAAGUCUGUUGUUAGCGCUGGACCCAGACUCGGCGCAAGCCACGCUGCGCAGAUCCAAACAUUCCGCCGCGACAUUGCUGUAUUGCGACAGACGUAUUCCAACUUUCAAUCCGCAAUAGAUGCAUCCAUGUCCGCUGUUCGUCAAAAGGCUGCAAGUGUUAAGUCAGUAGCUGCAAACGCUGCCAAGCCUGAUAUGGAGGGCGACCCGGGAUACUCUUAUGUGACCAAGGGCCGCAAGAAGCUUAAUGCCGACUCGGAUCGCUUGGUUGGCAAGGUGGACGAUCUCCAGGACCUGAUUGAGGAUCUACGCAAAGAUGUCGUCCACCGAGGCGUCAAGCCGCUACCGCGCCAGCUUGAAUCUGUCAAUAACGACAUCAGCGAGCUCACCAAUGCCCUCAAGACUAUGGAAAACUACAUGAUCGAGGAGAAGCCAGUUUGGACCAAGAUAUGGGAGAAGGAGCUCGAGGAUGUAUGCCAGGGCCGUGACGAAUUACGCCUUAUGGAGGAUCUGAUGGUCGAUCUGCGUGACGACUUGGAAAAGGCCACAGAAACAUUUGCCCUCGUCGAGCAAGCUAUGAAGGAGCAGAUGAAGGACAGCGGCGCUGGAGCCAACACAGGGUCGUCGCGCCUAUUCGCCAAGGGCCUAGUCAACCUCGGCAACGGCGCCGAUCCAAACGAGGCCAAGGAAGGCGUGCUGGGUGAAGUGCGCGCCCUACAGCCUAAUCACGAAAACCGCCUGGAUGCCAUUGAGCGCGCUGAGAAGCUCCGCCAAAAAGAGCUCCAAAGCCGCAGCGGCAACGAGCUCCAGCGAGAGAUUGCCAGCUUCGUGCGCGAUGGCAAGCUCAAAAAGUCGGGCGGCUUCGAGGAAGUCGAACGGGCGAGAAUUGCUAAAGACGAAAAGAUUCGCCGCGAGGUUUGGGAGCGCAUGAACGGCAUCAUUGCUGAGGUCGAGGGCGAGUAUGACGAAGACGAAGAAGAAGAAGAAGAGGAGGAGGAGGAGGAAGAGGAGGAGGAGGAGGAAGAGGAGGAGGAGGGCGAAGAAUUCGAAGAUGCAGCGGCCGAGGUCCCGGCGGCCGAGGGUGAGGCUGACGGCGCAGCACGACACUCGGGAGGUUCUGCGGGUACGACUACGAAUAAAGAAUAA